AUGAAAGCCAUCAGCCCGGUACGAUCCGUCCGGAGUUGCUACGAGGCCGUUUGCUGCCUCUCGGAGCAGAGUCUGGCCAUCGCCCGGGGGAGCAACAACAAGAGCCCGGCUUUGGAGGAACCCAUGAACUUACUCUACGAUAUGAACGAUUGCUAUUCCAAGUUGCGGGAACUGGUGCCGGGCAUCCCGCAAGGCAGCAAGGUGAGCCAGGUGGAGAUCCUCCAGCAUGUCAUCGACUACAUCUUCGACCUCCAGAUCGUGCUGGAGGAGGGGGCCAAGGGACGCGACCCCUCCUCCGAGGCCACCCUGCUCUCCCUUAAGUGCCAGCGGGAGCCAGACGAGAAGGCGCAGUGGCUGCUCAUUGACUUCAGAGAUGUGGUGUGCAGUGAGGACUCCUGGGACCACAAGGAAUACAUCGCCAGGGUAUGGAUGGGCCACUUGCUCGCCCACCCCGCUGUCAAGCUCAUCUUGUCUGUGCUUAUCGUCAUCAAGGAGGUGUUCCAGUUUUGGCUAAGCUAUAUCAUAGACAGUGUUGUGCUUGUGGCCCUGGUCACUGAGGUCCUGCUCAACUGGGUCAGAGGUUUCUGGCUGUACUGGAAGGGAGGAAUAUUAGGGGAAGUGCCCUCAUCUGGGGUCCACAAACGCAGCCUCAGCCCCCUGCUCCUCUGCCUGCUAGACAUCUGGAACGGCUUCAACUUCUUCCUUGUGGCCUGCCUCGUGGUGGGGGCCCUGAUUCCCAAGUGGAAGGUCCAGAAGGUUUUCCAGAUCCUGAGUGCAGUGAUGGGCUCUCUCGCCUUGCCCCAGGGUGAUGAGGCUGAUGGUGAUGAGGUGAUGGUGCUGCAGGUCUGCGGGCUGGCCAGGAUACUUCAGGCCAUCCUCAAGGUCAUCCCUGACCUCUGUAACACCAUGGUCAUCCUCUUUAUCUCCAUGCCAAUCUUCUCGGUGCUGGGCAUCAUCCUGUUUGGCAAAUCUGUCCUGGCCCAUUUUGGUGGCCUGGAGAAAGCCCUGUACUCGCUCUUCACCUGCAUCACUCUGGACGGCAGGCUGGACAUCUACGAGACCUUCCAGGAAGAAGGGCAGACUCUGAAGAUGAAGGUGGCCAUUUACUUCAUCUUCAUCAUGAGUGAGGCCUUCCUGGACAGCGGAGAAGUCAACAUGGACCCUCAGCUCAGCCUGAAGGUGAUCGGGGAUGGGGUCUCCACGUUUGCCUCCCAGGACCUGUUCACCUACAGCAAGUUGGGCAAACUGGGCGAGGAGAUCUUGCCUGAAGUCCAACGCCUCUUGGAAAGCAGCAAGGAGAACAUCAGAGAGUACAAACAGAUCCGGGAGGAGCUCAGAGUCUAA